AUGAAACCUUGUAAUAAUAACAUGUUUCAUAAAGAAAAAGAAUAUCUUCAUCAAAUUGCUAAAGCUAGUGAGGCAAUUAGAAGAAAACAUCGUAUGUUAAAAUUGGGAAAAGAAGAUGCUGAAAAUGUUGGAAAGAAAGAGCAGAAGGAGGAUGAUAGCAUAAACUAUGAAAGUGAAACUGAAAAAUCUCCAGAUGAUGAUAAAAUAAGUAAUAAAUUUCUAUACUUUUUAAAUCAUAAUAGAAAUCAAUGUUUAGAUUCAACAUACGGCAUACGUAAGCUAAGUGAUGGAUCACUUAUGAUUGGUGAUUCACCAAUAACUCUUGAAGAUCAGUUUGUAAAAAUUAGUGAUAAACGAUAUCUUCAAACACCUGGAUUACUUGAACUUUUAUUCAAAAGUAAACCUACCAGAUCGUUUAUAAGUGAAGCUGAUGAAAUGAACUAUAAAGAGAUUCUUAUUGCUACUAAUGCACACAAAAAGAAGUACAGUUCCUCUAAAUCUAUACGUACAGAUAAUUGUUACAAGUAUUUGAAUUUUAUAUCUCAAUUCUUCCCUCGAACACCUACCAAACAGCCAUCUGUAAGCGGUAGUUCAUUACCUAAAUUUAUUAUUACAAACAGAAAUUUUCAACGAGGAUAUAUCUAUUGGGAUGAUCCGAAUGAGUUGGUUGACCGUCUUAGACUAUUAAUGGCUUCUCAAGAUGCUGGAAAUCCUAGUCACAAUAAUGAAAUUAUGUUUAUCAUUAAGGAACUACAAGAAGCAAGACGAGGGCCUCCUGGAGUUGGUUUUAAACUUAAUUCUCAAGGUAACUUUGACGUUGAAGGAAGAAAACUCUGUAAUCUUGCUAACGCUGAAGAAGAAAACGACGCUGUCAAUUUAAAACUUGUACGACAUAUGAUAAAACACGAAGUGCGUUUAUUGUAUGAAGCUAGUGCCUCACUUAGAUCAGAGGUGGACAAUAACAACUAA